AUGAUCCAAGCACUCUUACUACUCGCCUCGGUGCUUGGAGCCUCCGUUUAUUAUUGGCAACACAAUAAGGAAUGGUCUUAUGUCCAGACACUGGACUCUGUGAAUCGCAAUGAUAUCAUCCAACCCAAGUACGGUAAGUGCGCAUCUGAGCCCGAUCAUAGCUAGUCGAAGCGUACCUGAAGUGCGGCUUGUUAGGCAACAUGCCAUUAGAAGUUAUUUAACAGUAGUCCCGAACCUUGUCAAAGUAUUGAAAAACUUGAAAACAUGAUUUUUCCCUAGAUUCAGUUUGUACAGAUCCUAGGCUGUAAAAUAACUUGAAAAGAAUUUCUGAACCUGCUCUUCUUCCAGACCCGCACCCAAUGCUCUACAACUACUGUCCAUGGCCGAUUCUUCAGCCAGACGAGCCAGACAUUCAAAAGUACUUGAAGAGAAGAAAGUAGGCGACUAAAGACAAACGAUUUCAAAAGAUCAUAGCACAGACUAAAAUCUUGUCGGACACACACACACGCGCACAGACAUUAACAUUUUCAUUUCUCAAUGCCUUUCGCUUGCGCAGAUAAAAACCGCCCUGAUGACGGCUGGAAACUUCAUUGGCACGGAUGCCGAGGAGUGACCAGCACGUGAACUUACUGAUUCGCGCCAAACGAAUAGAGAAUGAAAAGAUAUGACAGAGAGAAGAACAGGAACACCCAAAAGGAACGCAACUUUUUUUUUGCAUUUCGAUUAUCUCGCAUCUUCUUGGCAAGAGAGAGAGAGAGAGAAAAUCGUUCUCAUCAUCACUCUGUGAUGAGGAACGUGAUGCAUAUUAGAUAAUAGAUACACGCAUUUUUUGUGACCAAGACUGGCCGCUAAUUGUCGGGGAUCUUUGGGAUUUAGUCACAGCUCUUAGAUAAGUCCGAGCUAACGCUCGAAGGCGGCUUCACCGCUUGUUUGUUUCUCAAAACUGUUUGAAAAGUUAAUGUGUUCAUUUUUCAAUUUCUCCGUCGCUACUUUUUCAGAAAUGAAAUCAUCAUCAUCAUCGUUCUAAUUAAUAUAACUCUUGCGGGUCCCUCUGUUUGUUUGUUUGUUUAUCUCUUUGUUUGUCCGUCCCCACGAUCAUUUCUAAAAUAAUUUCAUUGUGAACUUUCAAAAAGUUAUGGGAAACAAACAAGCGGUAGCUUGGACCGCGCAUCGGGCCCAGUUUCAAAAAGUCUUGUGAUUUUAGACAACCUUUUCAUAAGAUCAGGAACUGAUUUUUUGAAUUUCAUGAAUAGCGCUUUCCACACGCUACAGUAGCCAUGGAAGUGUUGUCUUAGACGGGAAAAGGUGAGGUUCAAGUCACGGCCACUUUUACUUGACCUCAACAUCCCACACAGUAAGCUAGGCCAACGUUGGACAUCUUCUUUCUCGAGAGACGACCGGUCCAUGUUCUUUUCCCUUCCUUUUGGCCUUGUCUGCUGGGUUGGUUUGUAAUGUGAGAUGAUCCCAUCGUUUCCAGUUUAAAUCAUCCUCCUUUCUUCUUCUCCCUCACACGGCCAAAUUUCACCUCUCUUCGCACCCGAAAAUGUGAAACGAGCGAGCGAGUGAGUGAGGUAGAUACAAGCCGUUUCGUACGUGUGGGUGGCGAUUUUGAUCUUUGUCGGUAAUAUUUAUUUGUGUGUUGUUCGUUUAUAGGAUAAGCUGAGAGAAAGAGAUAAGGGAUGAAGACUUGAAUAAGACUGACAAAAACCGUCUCCUCUUCCUCCUUUUUCUCGUUUUUCUGUCUAGGAUGUUUGAGGGCCAAUGUGGUGUGAAAGCGAAGGUAUACGCUCACGACAGUCAUGACUCAUGAAACUAGAAGAUCUCAACGCCCAAAAGUUUGAAUUAGUCGCGAGAACUGCUGUUCUAGAAGAAAGUAGAUACAACAUUUCCCAGUUCUUCAAAAAAAAGAGCUCGCUAACAAGAUGUCACGCGGAAAAGGUGUACUUGAUGCAUAAAGUCGUUUUGCUCCGCUUAUUGUUGACAAUGAUAAAAGCUCCGUUUUGUGAGCAUCGGAGUCUUACACUUUCGGAACGGCAAGAUAAUUCCUUUACAUUCACAUGAAUAUUCUUUUUAGAGCUCCAAAAGCGGUCAUCAUGUGUGAGCUCUAGAUCCAUUCCCUAUUCGUCUAGACGCUUACCGCGUGCGCUGAGAUCGAAACACAAAUUUGAAAGCGCAAAAACGGGCCUAUAAUAAUUAAUUCAAAACCGCUUCCUUCUCCAUUUUGCUUCCUCAUUCCACCAAAAGGGCAUGAGACAACUCAUUCAAUCACAGAAAGAAUAAAAAGAUAACAAGCUUUCUUUCUUUCCGAGGCGACGGAAAGGAUGCGGCAAUCCGAAUGAUUAAUGACACCUCAAAGUCUUCCAUCCAACUUUUUGAUUAAUAUGGCACCAAGCCUGAAGAGACAGACGGAUAGGAUCAAAAGUUCCAAUUGAAAAGUUUUCAGGCGCCGUCUAGCAUGCCGCCCUUCCACGGACCUCGAAGUCGAAUGGGAAGAUGGGCAUCUUAUGCUGACGAUAAAGUCCAAUAAUUCAAUGAGGUGGGUCAUGACGGAGACAAGUGGCCGCCCGAAAAAUAGUGUUUAUAGUUGCGUCGCAACAGAUUUGGCGACAAUUGGAGAAACACCGGCGAUAAGACUAGAACCCGAUGUGAAACUAGAGAUACCGUAUACAAAUUUCUUCGUAGAAUGUAAAGAGCUGAACGGAAGGAGUUUGUACAGGAAAUCAUUCUUCAACUAUCACAAAGAACAAGCCACUAUCAACUUCGAGCCCAUGGAAUCCACACCGGUAAUCUUAACCUAUUCCGCAAAAGGUUUUAGUAGCAUUUUUCAGACAAGCCCGUCAAUAGCAGUGCUCUUUUUCAAGUCCAUCUCCCACGCUCAGCUUCAAAGAGAAUUCCCGAAAAGUCUUAGGUCUUCCCGAAGAUUUGGCUUCUUUGAGUUUUCAAUGUUCAACAAAAUGUCCGACAAUAUCACUGAUAUUGUAAAUGGCACAUUUUACCAUAAGGAGGUCAGACAUACUGUUGGACAGUAUAUGAGAAGUACGUGAACUUAAAGCCAGCCGAUUUUCAUGUCUAACGUUUCAGAUGAAAGAUACUGUAAAGUGUUCACGAACACUAUUCGCACUGGCAUCAAGUCUGAUUACGAUCUUUCACACUGGAUGCGAAGCCUGGCGACAGAUUCCUGCUCUGACGAGAACGUGUGUAUUUUGAACUGAUCGUAGCGGCGGAUAACCGAUUUCGUUUUCCAGAGUGUCGCCGAACGUCUUAUCGAGGAGUGGGCACGCUUUUCGAUCGAAAACACAGAGCGAUGCUAUCUGUCGCACAUCUUUGUCAACAACACAAUCUGGUCCAAGUCUCUGGAUGACACUUUGAGGUUUGAUCAUCAUCACUCACCUUUAAACUCUUUCAUUAUUUUACAGUAAUGUCCUAGAACAAUUCGAACUCAAUGAGAUUUUCAAGAAGACUCUUGUUGUGGUGGUUUCUGCUGAAGGAAUCCCAGUCGGGUAUGCAACCAUUCUAGAGUUUUUUUUUUCAAUUUUCAAAAUUUCUAGACAAUUUGGAAACUCUUACACCGGAAAGGUCGAAGAAAGGAAUCCGAUUCUCUUGGCUCAUGUGCCGGACAAACUGCGAAAAAUCUAUCCGGAUCACAUUUUCCACAUGGAACAGAACCAAAACAAGUCAGUUCCUUCUUCUUCUUGUUCCCUCAUUUCAUUUUUUCUGUCACUGUUUUCUUUUGUAUUGAAUAGAAUAGAGGUGAUCGUUGAGGUUUUAGGCUUAUCACCCACCAGGAUGUUUUCGAUCUCUUCUACAGUUUCGCUCGUUUAUCGAAAGAUCAGGCGAUAGUGGUAGCCGACGAGGAAUUCAUGGAUUGGAAGAAAGAGCAUAGUGAGCCAGUUUAGAGAAAAAUCAGCAAGCAACGAACAUUCUAGAGCGUGGAAUUUCGCUCUGGCAAACGUUGGUUCCGGAUAACAGAACAUGCUAUCAUGCGAACAUUCCCGAUGAAUUCUGUCUUUGCAUGGAGAACAAAAUCGAGGUGGAAAAGGCUUAUAAUCAGUGAGAAUUGUCAUUACCAUUGGAUUAUAUCAGCAUUCACUACUUGUAGGACGUAUGAAAUGGCAGCUAGACUAUAUGAAAAGAUGGAUGUUGAAAUUCUCGCGAACAGCUCUUGCAUUCAAGAAACGACGUGGGUCGCCGAGAAGAAUUACACCCAAGUGUUUAAUUUGAACGAGAAACUUUUGAAUGAAACGGACGAAUACGUGGACUUCUUCUAUUUCACAGUCAGAGCCUAUGCCAAAAAAUCCAAUAUGAGAAAGAAUGUGAGUAGUAGAGACCACCUCCCUUUAAAAAGUUGACAACAUUUUCUUUUCAGUUCUAUGUGAACGUGGUCGGGCAGUUCAAGCACAAUUUGAAAGAUGAUUACGAUAUAAAACAAUCGUAUCCAUACGUAACGGAUGGAACAAAAAGUUGGUGCAUGGCUGGAUAUAUGGACAGGUCAGGAACCGAAGGAAACUUUCAGAUGCUUUAUUUAUAAUGAGACUAUUAUAGGUUUUGCGAAAUGUGCCAUACUCAUUUCUUCAUGUCAUGA